ACUCUCUCAUUAAUUCUUUCCCUCUCCCCCACCCCUCUCUCUAACCUAAAAAUGCCUUAUUUCAUUUUCAAUACCCGUUAUACCCCUGCCGUGUUCAUUUAUUUACUUCUUAUGUCCACCGCCAUUUUAGCCUUAAACGUCACUGAUCUGUUAUCUUCUUUCUCAGAUCUCUCCGACUUCACCAAUCUUCUAACCUCCACCGGCGUCGCCGCCGAUCUCGCCGGCCGAUCAUCCCUCACAAUCCUCGCCGUUCCGAACUCAUAUCUCCGUUCCUCCGACGUCUUCCGGCAAUCAUCAUCUUCCUCCGUCGCAAAUCUCGCCGACGUCGUUCGUUAUCAUAUCCUUCUCGAAUACCUCUCAUGGACAGAUCUCAAGAAGAUGAACGGUAAAUUAAUCACAACUCUGUACCAAACUACCGGCCGUGCGUCUGAUAACUUCGGCUCCGUCAAUAUAACCGGCGAUAAAUCAACCGGCGGUGUAAUAAUCAGUUCACCGGCAACAUAUUCUCCGUCUAAUGCAACAAUCAUCUCUCUAAUCGAAACAGUUCCUUAUAAUCUCAGUAUAUUCACAAUCAAUUCAACGCUAGUUCCAUUCGGAUUUAACCUAAUCACAUCGGAGACACGGCCGUCGCUAGGAAUCAAUAUCACCAAAGCUUUAAUCGAAGGACACGAUUUCAACGUAGCAGCCGCAUUACUUACCGCAUCGGCCGUCGAGAAGGAAUUCGAGAACGACGAAGGCGGUGCUGGAAUAACUAUAUUUGUUCCGACUGAUGAAGCUUUUUCCGAUCUUCCUAUAUCGGCGAAUUUCCAGUCAUUACCGGCUGAUGAAAAGGCAAUCGUGUUGAAAUUUCACGUACUGCGUUCUUAUUAUCCACUCGGUUCUCUCGAAUCGAUUGUGAAUCCAGUUCAACCGACGCUUGCGACCGAGAUAAUGGGAGCAGGUAGCUUUACAUUGAACAUUUCUAGGGUUAAUGGAUCGAUUGCUAUAAAUUCAGGUCUAGUUCAGGCUUUGGUUACUCAAACGCUUGUAGAUCAGAAUCCAUUAGCGAUUUUUGGAGUCUCGAAUGUUCUGUUGCCUAGGGAGGUUUUUGGUAACAAGCCGGUGGUGAGUAAUCCUCCCGGCGGCGGCGGUGGAUAUGAAAGUCCGGCGAAUGGUGAGGGUCCGGUUGUAGAUGAGAAGUCGCCGGAAGUAGACGCGCCGGCGCCGAGUAUUUCGUCGUCUUCUUAUUUGAGAAACGGAGAAGAUAAGCUCCGGUCAGGAAUGGGUGAACGUGAAUCGAUUCUCUCUCUAUGUUGUAUAGGUUUGUAUGUAUUGUUAUGGAGCUUAAAUUAAUUAGCUUUUUUUAUUUAUUUUUUUCAUUUUUGGUAAUCACUUUAAUUAUCAAAAUGGCCAUUUAAUUCAAUUGUGUUAUAAAAAUUGGAUAUAUAUAUAUAUUAUUUAAUUAUUUGUAA